AUGAAUCUCCCGAGGUCUUGAUCCACUUCUCUGAUCUUGGGUUGUUUUCUGACUACCGUGGAUCAUCGGUGGCCAAUUCGUGGGUAUUGCUAGGCGGCCUCCGUAAUUAGUUUCACACGGUAUCGAUCGACAUGCAGAUAUCCGAUGAUGUACAGAGCCCGACAGGACGUUCCAUGUUCACCAUGAUUUAACGCACAAAGCGAGAAGGUGACAGAUUGGAGACUCCACGCAGUGGCGGGGCGAAAGAAUCUUAGUGGCUCGAGUGGGCUUUUGACUUUGCAUGGAUAAGUUGCAUGGAUGAGUCCUCCUCGUCAUCAUAACAACAUCAUGUUUCGCUCCGCGAGCUUUCGGGGAAAUCCUCAUAAGCUUGUUGAGCCCCGCAAGUUCACACCAUAACCUCUUCGUUUUAGCAAGUCUAUUUGGAUAUUGGGGACCUAGACUUGCUGGGAAGAAUGUAUAUCUCGGCCCUCAUCUCUGCUUUGACAGUGGCAACCACUUUAGUUUCUGCUGCACAGCACUCUGGUAGAAGUCUCAAGCAUGUUGGAAAGGCAGACAAACAUCCAAGUUUGGGACGAAGAGAGCAACAUGUUCAGCAGCGACGGGCUGAUUCAUUCGGCUACCUCACGAACACCACUACGAAGUUCCAAGUAAAUGGGUCAGCGAUCCCAGAUGUCGAUUUUGAUGUAGGCGAAUCAUAUGCAGGAUUGCUUCCAAUUUCAAAGGAUGCCAACGAGACGAGGGAACUUUACUGGUGGUUUUUCCCUUCUACGAAUACCGAAGCCAGCGACGAAAUCCUGAUUUGGUUGAAUGGAGGACCAGGUUGCAGCUCUCUCGAAGGUCUCCUUCAGGAAAAUGGUCCAUUCUUGUGGCAAUAUGGAACAUACCUCCCUGUUCCGAACCCUUGGACCUGGGUUAAUCUGACAAACGUUGUAUGGGUAGAGCAGCCCGUAGGCACAGGCUUCUCCCAGGGUACUCCGGAGGCCACCGGCGAGAGUGAUAUUGCGGCAGAGUUCUUAGGAUGGUGGGAGAAUUUCGUAGACACUUUUGAUUUACAAAACCGUCGCGUAUUCAUCACAGGCGAGAGCUACGCUGGAUAUUACGUCCCGUACAUCGCAGAUGCCAUGCUCAACAAGAAUGAUACCACCUAUCACAACUUAGAAGCCACGAUGAUCUACGAUCCUUCGACAUCCUAUGAUGCUAUACAGGAGCAGAUCCCAGCUGUCCAGUUCGUGGACUAUUGGUAUGGUCUGAUGCCAUUCAACGACACCUUCAGAGCUCAACUCCACAGUAUGUCUGAUGCUUGUGGAUACACCGACUAUAUUACCAAAUAUCUCACGUUUCCUCCACCGGGUCCAUUUCCUUCCGAACUUCCAGGACAAGAUACAGAUGGCAACACACUAGACGGUUGUGAUGUCUUCGAUACCAUAUACAACGAGGUGUUUUACGUUAACCCGUGUUGGGAUAUAUAUCAAGUAGCAACAACCUGCCCAGUGCUCUGGGAUGUCCUCGGUUUCCCCGGAUCUUUUGACUAUCUUCCAGAAGGGGCUUCUAUCUAUUUUAAUAGAACGGACGUUCAAAAAGCUAUCAAUGCACCUAUUGGCGACUGGGAGGAAUGUGCAAGUGGCAAUGUUUUCGUCAACGGUACGGAUAAUAGCCCUCCAUCAGGAGUAAGUGUUUUGCCAGGUGUUAUUGAAAGAAGCAAGCGUACUGUGAUUGGGCACGGGGCACUAGAUAUGGUUUUGAUCUCGAAUGGCACUCUCAUGAUGAUUCAAAACAUGACAUGGAAUGGAGCUCAAGGAUUCACUACCAAGCCUUCAGACCCUUUUUACGUCCCAUACCAUGAUAAUCCUAGCCAAGCAACUCUAGCAGCAGCAGGUGUUCUUGGUACAACACACACAGAGCGUGGCCUGACCUGGGUCAGCGUAGACCUUUCGGGUCACAUGAUUCCCCAGUAUGCUCCAUCUGCCUCAUACAGAACUUUGGAGUUCUUGCUUGGAAGAAUCGAUUCACUUUCAAGUACAGUUCCUUUCACGACAGAUAAUUACCCACAGCCAAAUGUCACUACAUUGAGUAAUGGUACUGCUCCACCAACAAAGAAGUGGAGAAUGUAG